UCCUCCACAGCGUGAGUGCAUUUCCGUUCACGUUGGUCAGGCUGGAGUCCAGAUCGGCAAUGCAUGCUGGGAGCUUUUCUGCCUGGAACACGGGAUCCAGCCAGACGGACAAAUGCCCAGUGACAAGACUCUUGGAGGUGGAGAUGAUUCUUGCAGCACCUUCUUCAGUGAAACUGGAGCUGGAAAACACGUCCCCAGAGCAGUGUUUGUUGACCUGGAGCCCACUGUCAUCAAUGAGGUGCGCACUGGGACCUACCGCCAGCUAUUCCACCCUGAGCAGCUGAUAACUGGGAAGGAGGAUGCUGCCAACAACUACGCACGUGGACACUACACCAUCGGCAAAGAGAUCAUUGACCUGGUGAUGGACAGGAUCCGCAAACUGGCUGACCAGUGCACUGGUCUGCAGGGCUUCCUGGUUUUCCACAGCUUUGGAGGUGGCACUGGUUCUGGCUUCACCUCUCUGCUAAUGGAACGUCUCUCUGUCGACUAUGGGAAGAAGUCCAAGCUGGAGUUUGCAAUCUACCCAGCUCCCCAGGUGUCUACGGCUGUGGUGGAGCCCUACAACGCCAUCCUGACCACCCACACCACCCUGGAACAUUCAGACUGUGCCUUCAUGGUAGAUAAUGAGGCUAUCUAUGACAUCUGCCUCAGGAACCUCGAUAUCGAGCGUCCCACUUACAUAAAUCUGAACAGGUUGAUCAGUCAGAUUGUGUCCUCCAUCACCGCUUCCCUCCGCUUCGAUGGUGCCCUCAAUGUAGAUCUGACGGAGUUCCAGACCAACCUGGUGCCUUAUCCCCGUAUCCACUUCCCUAUGGCCACCUAUGCCCCUGUCAUAUCUGCUGAGAAGGCGUACCAUGAGCAAUUAACAGUGGCUGAGAUCACAAACGCCUGCUUCGAGCCGGCCAAUCAAAUGGUGAAAUGUGACCCUCGUCAUGGAAAGUACAUGGCCUGCUGCCUUUUGUAUCGUGGUGACGUGGUGCCCAAAGAUGUCAACUCAGCCAUCGCCACCAUCAAGACCAAGCGCACCAUCCAGUUUGUGGACUGGUGUCCCACUGGUUUCAAGGUUGGCAUCAACUACCAGCCCCCCACUGUGGUUCCUGGUGGAGACCUGGCCAAGGUCCAGAGGGCUGUGUGCAUGCUGAGCAACACCACUGCUAUUGCAGAGGCCUGGGCUCGGCUCGACCACAAGUUUGAUCUGAUGUACGCCAAGCGUGCCUUUGUUCACUGGUACGUGGGGGAGGGUAUGGAGGAGGGAGAGUUCUCUGAGGCCAGAGAGGACAUGGCAGCACUCGAGAAAGAUUACGAGGAGGUGGGACUUGACUCCAUUGAGGGAGACGAGGAGGGAGAAGAAUACUAAAGUAAGAAGAUAAUUCAGAUUAAAUUUUCCUGCAGUCAAACAGUAAAUAUACUACAGUUGAAAUGCAAAUAGCCUCAUUAUAAUGAAUACGGAUUAAACCUGCAGCAACUUUUUCUGGCCACAAGGGUGCAGCAGAAAUACAAUAUGAACAACAAUGACAUCAUUACUUUUUGAUAAAUCUUCACGUUCAUAUUUUUGAUGAAGCUACAAAUCUAGACAGAGCUGAGUUUUAUUGUAUUUGAUGCUGUUGAAAAUAUGAAAUCAUGUUCAUGCUUCUGUCCGCUGUGAAAAAUCCUCUCUUUCACUCUUUUAAUCUCAUAUCAUUUCUUCCUAUUUCUUUUAAAGAUACAAAUCUUACAUGACAGGAUUAUAUUUGACAAAUACAAAAGGCUGAUUUACAACUACAAAUUUUAGAAUCAUCUAUCUUGAUUUUGUUGUGCAAAGCAUUCAAAAAACGUAUUGUUCAGAUGUGCAUCGUUCACAAGUUUGU